AUGGAGAUCGAGCUACCGCUGCCUUGGCGGUCUGGGCCUGUGUUGUUCCAGACGCCGCCAUGGGGCACGCCGUGCUUCUGGGUCGUGGACGGAUCGGUUCGGAUCACCGUCAACUACAAACGUCUCAACGCUCUGGUGGAUUUGGAUGGACAACCUCUCCUUCGAGUGGACGGUAUCUUGGAUUCUCUGAACAACGGAAAAGUGUUCUCCAUCUUCGACCUCAACUCGGCUUUCCACCAGAUCNACGGAUCGGUUCGGAUCACCGUCAACUACAAACGUCUCAACGCUCUGGUGGAUUUGGAUGGACAACCUCUCCUUCGAGUGGACGGUAUCUUGGAUUCUCUGAACAACGGAAAAGUGUUCUCCAUCUUCGACCUCAACUCGGCUUUCCACCAGAUCGUUUGUGAUGAAGACACUGUCCCGCUCACCGCCUUUUGCACUCCCACGCAGUUGAUCGAAUGGCUUCGGAUGCCGCAGGGAGCCAACGCAAGUCGUUCUUGGUUCGUCAAGGGAGCCAACGCAAGUCGUUCUUGGUUCGUCAAGGUCAUCAACAGAGUGGUGCACGGUCUGGAGCGUGUGCUUGCAUAUCUGGACGGCGUCAUCUGUUUCGAUGAGGAACCUCUGGGACACGUGCUGAACUUGAUCGAGUUCUUCAAACGGCUGCGACAGUACAACCUCAAACUGUCUCCGGGGAAGGCUCGCGUCGGCGCCACACACGCCAACUUCCUCGGUCACACCAUCUCUCUGGCCGAUGUAAGCCCUGAUGGCGUCAAGGUGAGGCCCAUUGUGUACAUCAGCCGCGCUACUCCUCCUGCGGACCGUAACUGGACCGUUCUGGAUCUGGAGGCUGGUGGCAUUGUUUGGGCCAUCAAACGCCUUCGCGGUUAUCAGUGGUCGACCAAGUUCAUAAUCUAUUCGGACCACAAAGCCUUGGAGAGCAUUGGCAAGGUCCCGCUCGACAAACAAGACCACCCGGAACGCCGCGCGUCUGCUGCCGCCAUCUGCGACGCUGGCAUCGGCGUUUUCGUCGACUGUUCCUGCGCCACCGGUGUCUUCGCCGUCAGCGGCGCGCCCUGCAUCCCCGGUAUCGCCUUCUGUACAGGUGGUCAUCAAAGCUUGGCCCGCGAUCAACUCGAGUAUUGCAACCUGGCUGUCGAUCGCCAGCGCCGGGCCUACGAACUUGUCCGUGAGUACAACGCCCUGAAGAUUUCGCGAGUCGAACGCCGCAAUUCAUCCCUGCUGGACGCCAUUCACAAGCUCCCUCAGUUUAUCGUUGGCGGGUGGGAUUGGGUGUACAACACGGCUGCUACAAUUUGACAGGGCGUGCAGAAGGACACGGACCAACAGGUGCUCAAGGCCAAAUUCGCACUUUCCUGGACGGGGCCCUACAAUGUUCUUGUGGUGGGUCCCACCUCUGCCGACGCCACUCCGGACGGCCGCCCGUUGGCGCGUAAACUCCUCUACCUGGACCUGCCUUCCGAUCUUUCCGGCCCGGCAGCUCAUUGUCGCGUGGUAACCGUACAUAUCGAGUGGCUCGGACUCGCGCGGCACAGCGGGAGCUAGCCCGGAAUCGUGGAGAACGCUAUUUGCCUCCUGGGGCUAAUCUUGUGCUUGACGCGGCUUGGCUUCGUCGUUUCAGCGCUUCGCCCCUCCCUGUUGGCACGUGGCUGUGGUACAAGGCGCGUGAUGGAUUGUAGUGGACCGAACGUGUUGGUGCUCAUCAGGGCGGCUCGUACAUCGUUCGAUUCUUGGAUGACCCGGGCCCAAGCGUUCUCCCUCUGCCUGCGCACCUCUACUCCACCGCCUUGGACGCCGUCUGUGGAUCACGGUAUUUAGAGAGACAUCGUUCGCGCCCUCUAGGCGGCAACCGUGGUCGCACUCCGCUUCUUUCUGACUCCUUACCGUCGGCUGUUUCCACCAUUUUCUCUUAGCGUCGUCGUUUUCAUAUACCAGUCGGCCUAUUUUGGUCUUUUGUGCCAUCCUUCUCGCCGACGUUUUGCUUUUUUUUUUUUUCUGUUACCUUCCGUUUUGUUUUUUUGUUUUUUUUCUGUCCUGUCUCUUUUCUUUUGUUGGCUUACUUUUUGUUUUGGGCGCUGGGGCAACGCCGCCUCAAGACACGCAGUGUCGAGUGAUCGUUCUUCCUUGUUGCCUGCAUUCGUCUGAAUCAUUGAACUGCCGCGACCUGGAUGUCCGUUCUCUCUCGCCUUUGCUUAAGUAUUUUUGUUGUUGGUGGUCUUUGGUUCUCUCGACAAGCUCCCUCCGAAGUCUCGUCGGUGUUGUCUGCCUCUGAACACUUGAAAAAAUAAAGGUUCCCGAAGUUUCGUCGGUGAUGUUUGCCUCGGGACACUUGGACACCGAGUUCCCUGCGUUUUCCUGGUCCGCCUGUUUGCCAACUAAUGUUGGCUUAAUACUUUUUUGAUUUAGUUCCAUCGUGCCGCACAAGUGUCGCAUACGCUUGGUGCUUCGGGAUUCCAUCCCGUGGCGUCGCCUUCUCCCAUGGAUUUUCGUCGUCACCCACACUUCGUUCUGCUUCGUCUCCAUCAUCGCCACCUUCGGGCGACGCCUUCAUCACAGUAGCACCCCUAAGUCGUCGUCUUGUGUGAAUCUCUACUACGUUCUGUGUUUUAUGUAUUUGAAUGAUGCGUAUCGCCAGCGAGCCAUGGCGCAGUUCGUCGACCGCCUCUCUUGCAUAAAUCGUUUGUUUGUGCCUUGCGUCCUUGGUCUUCAUUCGGUCUUGCCCUUACCGUCUCCUUAUCCGAGUUGGGUACCCUGACACGCUGGCAAUCGUUCUACGUGCCUUUGCCUGUCGUUCGCUUCUCCUGCCCUUCGUUGACGUCCUAGAUUGCGCUGAGUUUUCCCUUUGCGUCGCGUCCAGUAUCAAAGGCCGUAUUCGUUCGUUUUUUUGGGGGGGUUUUGAGUUUUGUCUCUCUCGGGUAGUCACCCUCAUUCCUCCAGUGGUGAUACGCGCGGGUGCGCGUAAAAGAGUGGUGUGUGGCGUCUGGAUAUUGAUUGUUUUUCCCUGUCGUCGUCUGUUCAGGACCAUAGCGUGUUCUGCAGCAAUAUGAUUCUUGAUAGCUCUAUUCCUUCAAGCGUUGUCAUUGAGAUGUCGAUGUUCCGUCUUGUGACCGUUCGCAUUCUUCGUCUCAAUGAUGGUGUGGCGGAUUGAUUCGGGACAUUUCUUAAACUUACCCUCCUUUUGGAUUUUUUGUGAAAAGUCAUAUCUUCGAUUCAUGAUCAUAAAUCAUCAGCUAAAUCUCACUGAAGCUUUUAGGAUUUGAGCAUCGAUUUGAGUAUAGAAUCUGCAUAUAUGAUAUUCAGGGUGGGCUAGUGUUAAGGAGUGUGGCUGCUAGCAUGAAUAGGGUACAUCUUAUUUAUUUGUUUAUUUUUGCCUUCCGACAAUUGCAGAUGUACCUCAGAAAACUUUCACUUAAUGUCUCAUACUCUACAUGAAUAUUAAACCAAUACGAAGUACAACAACAUAUGUAGGACUUAUUUCUACUGUCAUUUACAUCGUAAAAGUAUCUCCUCUUCAACUUGAAAUAAAACCAAUGACAAUCCUGAUGGUAUCCUAUAUGCGUUCGUAAGCUUGCUAAAAUACUACUGCGUUGAUGUCCGCUUGUAAAAGCUGAAAUCCAACAAAUGCUUUGAUCCAUGCUACAUCUCCGUGUUGGAAAAGCCCUUUCAUCUCCGUUCAUGAUAACAUCUUACCCUAUUCUACGCAAAUCUGUCACAUCUA